ACUUUCCCCACCCCUCUCACUCCUUCCCCCAACCCUCCCCAUCCCCGCUUCUAAACUUAGGGUUUUUAGAGAUCGGGCCUCGCUCUGUCCCGACGCCCUGGUCCGACUCUCGCGUUUGGGAGUGGACCAACGCAGAAGGAGGAAACGAGACGCAGUCAGCCUUUCCGCCUCGUCCCGCAUCUGAAGGCGGGGCUGGAGAAGGCGCGGGCUCUGCGCACGCGCCACGCGGCCCACGUGUAGCCUGUGCAGCGGCAGUUGUGAGUGGGGGUCCGUGCCGGGGUCUGUUUUUCGGAGGGGUAUCCCUGGAAGGAUCGGGCCUGGAACUCGGCUGGGUGCGCGCCUGUGAUCCCGCUGCCUGGGGCCGCUCCAUCCGGAUCUGUGUUAUUUUCCUGCGUCCCAGCCUUGGCUCACGCUCCGCUGUCUGCCUGAAUUGAGCUCUGCUUAUCUGAAGCCUUUGGCUCUUGUCGCCCUUACUGGAUUCUGAAGACAGGAGGACCUGAGGCCCAGAGCACUUCACUUUACAUAGGAAUCGUGGGAGAAUCAGAUACUUCAUGGGGAAAGUGCCUCCUGCAUUCUGACCCCUUCCGCGGGGACACUUGCUCUUCAAUAUCAGCAGCCAGGCUCGUAGGAUCUUCAGGAUGGCCGCAGCCCCCCAAGCACCAGGGAGGGGCUCUGUGCGGAAGACGAGACCUUUACCUGUGAAGACGUCACUCAACAACCCAUACGUCACCUGCUGGGGUGUCCUGGAGAGAGAGGAUAUGCACUUCAUACUACAGACACUCGAAGACAGAUUUAAAUCUCUUGGGCUUCAGAAGAUUGAGGACAGGAGGAGAAAGAAAAAGCAGCCCCCUUUACAAAAACAGAGCGGAGACACAUGGAGCAUGGACAUGGACACUGGUGAGGACUUGAAGGAGAAAAAGCUGGAAGAUAACCAACAGGCCUCAGGGUGGACCCCUGCCCACAUCAGGAAGCAGCUGGCAAUCGGAGUCAAUGAGGUCACCAGGGCUCUGGAAAGGAACGAGCUGCUCUUAGCCUUGGUGUGCAAGUCUGCCAAGCCUGCCAUCAUCACCGCACACCUGGUCCAGCUGAGUGUGAGCAGGACUGUCCCCGCCUGCCAGGUCCCCCGGCUCAGUGAGAGGAUCGCUCCCGUCAUUGGCCUCAAGUGCGUCCUGGCCCUGGGGUUCAGAAAAAACACCGCCGCCUUUGUUGAGGAGGUGAAGGCCAUCAUUCCCAGAGUCCCCAGCCUGAGUGUUCCUUGGCUUCCAGACAGACUUGAAGACCCCAAGGAGAACCCAGAGACUGAAUCCUUGGAAAGCCAAGACAAAGAGAUUUUGGAAACAUCCUUUGAAGAUCUCUCUAAACACAAGAGAAAGCUCGCUGACCGUCAGGAGGCUGUCGUGUUACAACCCCUGAGAAUAAAGAAACUGAUUCCAAACCCCAACAAGAUAAGGAAACCACCCAAAAGUAAAAAAACAACUUGAAAGUCAUCUUGUGUAAACUUGUCACUUCAUAGUUGUAAAACGACAGCUCGUAAAGAAGCCUUGACAUGAAUAAAAUGAGUUACUCUUACGUGUAUUCUUGGGACACUGUUUAGUACCGUUCCGCUAGAAGGUGUGGCUGUAGAACAGAGCUAGGACUGAGGCUUAAACGCUGGGUGAGGACAGCAUUGAGGCCUGUGAGUAACAAAACAAAGGUGUACUGAAAGAGAUGUCCGUGCUUGUGUGAAUUCACCUUUUAAAAGGCUAGUACAGUGCUUGUAAGCAAGGACAUCUGUAUCCUCAACUCCUAGCUCGUUCCUUCCCAGCAAGGAGUUUUUCUGUCACACUUGGAGAAUGUGCCACAGUAAACCUGGUUCUGGUUGGUGGGGAAGAUGAAACUGGACUGCAUCAGUUUUAAAGGGAAAAGACUAAAUGCCGUGUGAUACACUGUCUUCAGAAACAAUACAUUAUUUUUUUU